AUGGCAGCAGAUCCCGCAGAGGAUCCGGCCGAGAAAAGCGAGGCCCUGGAUGCCUCCCAGGAAGAUGUGGAGCGCUGUUUGCCCUCCUGGUGGGAUCGCCACUGUCAACUUCAGCAUUCCUACGGCACCUCUAUACUGUCUGUACGGGUGAAGGCCCUCGGGCUUCAAGAAGUGGACAUCCCCUCCCUGCUGUUGGCCCUGGGAGCCUUCUGCGCGCGCUGCAUCGACCCCACAGUGGAGCUGGUCUUUGAGCUGGACGCUUCGGAGAACGACCUCUCUGAUGAGGCGGGAGCGCUUCUGGUUGACGGUCUACAUCGCAUGGGCCAAAGUCGACCAGGUCAGGCGAGACUCCGAGUCUUGAAGCUGCACAAGAACCAGGUCGGGGAUGUGACCUGCGAACGAAUUGCGGCACUCAUCUGGCACCAAAAGCAGGCAGUAGAGGAGAUCCACCUGUCGCACAACGAGGUGCGGCAAAAAGGCAUGGCGGCGCUUCUCGCUGCCCUCGCUUUGCACCCCGAACAAGCUUAUCCACGAGCCACUCCAGGCGAAGAGGUUCCCUGCUGGGUGCGGUUGGAGCACAAUCAGGUCUCCCAUCCCGAGUACCUUCUGAACUUGCUUGGCCAGAAUCCGACGAAGCUGCGAAUAUGUCUGGCUCCUCGUCGUGACCGAGGGCCAAGUUGCACCUCCUUCAGAUGUCAGGCUGUCGAGAACGUGGCUCAUGUUCAUCUGUACUGCAUCGACAAGCAGGACGAUGCUCAGAUCGAGACAAAGAAGCAUGCCCAGGACAUGGUGCAGCAAGCCGUGGCGGAUUGCCACCAGGGUCGAGUGGGUGGCGGUGAGCUGUCCAGGGCGAUACCUCCUGAGCCCAGUGGUCCCCCAGCAGAUGCAGCAGAGUGCCGUCUCGUGGAGCUCAAUGUGGAUCCAGAUCUUGGCGCCGGGCUGUACCUCAGCGAGGGUCAGUAUGGCUUUGUUGUCGACGAUGUGGACGAGAAGCCGGGGCAGCAGCUCUCACCUGGAGAUGUGGUCUUGGAAAUAGACGGCGUGCAGUUGUGGGGCGACUUGGGCGAGGAGCGCCUGGGUGAGGCAUUUGGCAGCCGUUUCGCGGACGGUGCUCGGCUGCGCGUUGCUCGAGCCGACGCUGUACAGGGCCGGCCCCUCUGGCAGCCCCUGUCGAUUCCUGGAGCAUCCUUGUCCUCACGGUGCGAGGGCUUGCGUGAGUCCUUGGAUCAUGACCUAACCAUCAUGGGCCAGCAGUGUGGUGUGCAGACGAAGCUUGAGGAUGAUGGUGCCUGGUUUCGUGGUCCUCCGCAGCAUCAGCGAUGGGCCGCGGAUGAGCUCCCAAGGCUGCUGGCCUUCUACUUUCCCGAAGCCUCGCUCCCGUUUCCUUCGUGCCAUUGGCGCGGCGACCCCGAUGAGACCUGCAACAGCACGAAGCCUGCAGAGCCCUCUGGGGAGGCAGCAGAGAAGAUGCUUCGAGAGCUCCGACUUGGCCAAUUGCCACCAGAUGCGACUUUCGCGGACUUGGCUGCUUGGGAGAAACUUCUCCGUGGGCAGUGGUGCGAAGAUGACAACAUCUUUGACGAGGAUCUGCCAGUGGAGCCUUUAGAAGCGCCAGACGAUGGUCCGGACGUGUUUGAGGGACAGGCGCUUGCACCCCAAGCAGAUGUCUCGCAGCCACUUCGGGUCCUGAUGCUGGUCGGACUGCCAGGAUCCGGCAAAAGCACCUUGGCCGCCAGGAUGCAACGUCUUGGGUGGGUAGUCAUUAACCAGGACACACUGGGGGACAGGAGGAAAUGUGUCGCUGCAGCCAAUGAUGCCUUGUCUGGCGGGCAAAAGGUGAUCAUCGAUCGUUGCAAUGUCACCCGACUGCAACGGCGCGUGUGGCUCGGAGUGGCAGACGAGAAUGAGGCCAGUGUUGCUUGCAUGUGGCUAGAUGUGCCAGAGGAGGAAUGUGGCGACCGGGUGCUCCGUCGCUUUGGCCAUCAGACACUUCCAGCCAGCGAUUCCAGCCUCGAGGUCAUUUCUGCUUUUCAGGAUCGCAUGGAAGUACCCGUGGAGGCUGAAGGAUUCAUACUGUGGCAUGCUCGAGACGACGGUGACGUCGAUGAGGCAGUUGCCGAGAUCCAGGAGCUUGCCGAAACCAGUGAGGCCCAAGCCGAGGCUGCCGAGACGGGGACGGCAGGAUAUCCCCGGGAGCAUCCCCAGGAGUAUCCCCGAGCUGCGCAUGAGCCGCGCGAGGGCUUCACGUACAAGGCGGUGCAGCGCCGGGGAGUGCGUGCGCUGUACCUGCGGACAGUACGCCGUCAGAUCGAGUACUACUUCUCUGACAAAAACCUCAAGCAAGAUUGGUUUUUUCAAGAGAAGAUUCUCGAGGCGCCUGAGCCGGAGUGGCUCGAGAUGCGCUGGAUCCUGUCGUGCCCACGCAUUCGGGAUGUGCAUCGAUGUCCUUGA